AUGAAGUCGCUGGCUGGCUCAUUCCUGGGACUCCUUUUCCUUUUAUCAGCUCCUGUUACAUCGGUAUACGCUGCCUCUGAACCUACGGGCAAGAAAGAUGGACUCUCUCCCUGUGUUGCACGCUCUCCGUCUACCGGCCUUUACUACGAUCUGAAUGCGAUUUCAGUAUCUCGUCCGGAUCCCUCGGACGGCAAGAAAAGCAGCAAGAACGCGCCGAAAGAAAGCUGGCACGCCAAGGGCCAUGACUACCAUGCCAACUUUACACUCAAUAUCUGUGCACCCGUCGUCGAAGACAUAAAGGAUGUGGUGGGGGUAGAGCGCGACAGGUGGAAGAAUAUCAGCGCCUAUUACGAGAAGGAGGGGAAGAUAUACUCCAUUGGAGAACAAGCCGCGCAACCAUUCUUCCGCGGCCGCAAGCUCGUGUUGAAUUACACUAAUGGCUCACCUUGUCCUGGCGAGCAGAUCGCACAUAGUUCGCGGAAUAAGUCGACGAUCAUGUCUUUUCUGUGCGAUCGUGAUGCUCUUUCCCACCAGGCCAUUGCGUCUUUCGUCGGCACCAUGGAUCACUGCACAUACUUCUUUGAGGUUCGAAGCUCGGCCGCUUGUGGCAGCAUCGGUCACGCCAACGGUGAAGGCCUGGGGCCGGCGGGUGUUUUUGGCGUGAUUGCUCUGAUUGCUGUCGCCGCGUAUCUGGUUGGUGGUUGUGCCUAUCAGCGAACAGUCAUGCACCAGAGAGGAUGGAGACAAUGUCCAAACUAUAGUCUGUGGGCGGGCAUUUUUGAUUUUGGAAAAGUGAGUGUCUUGGCUUUGAUACCUUUCCGAUCAUCUCGCAUUCGAUCCGGACUUUCCUACUCAUCCAAGUCAAGCAUGUGUCUUGCUUUUGUCAAUCCAAUAGACAUGUUCGUCAUCCUCUUCUCCUCCCUGGGCCGUCUAUUCCGUGUCAGACGUUCCCCAACCCUCGGACACGGCCGCGCAAAUGGUUCGAGCAGCGGUUUCAUCGGGGCGAUAGGCGGCCGUCGGGGACGAGACAACCAUGCGUCCGACGUCGACGCGGAAAACCGUCUCAUAGACCAAUUGGACGAGACCUGGGAUGAUUGA